AUGACUACAUAUGAGAAAAUUGUCAAGGGAGCAACCAAGCUCAAGGUUGCCGCGCCCAAACCCAAGUACAUAGAGCCGAUAUUAAUGGCUACGUCAAACAACCAUUCGGCGAUAUCGAACGAUAACUUUCAUACGAUUAUGAGGACUUUGCAACAGAGAUUGCGUGAUAGCGCUUGGUCUGUAGUUUACAAAUCCCUUAUUGUGAUACACUUGAUGAUUCGAGAAGGCGAGAGGGAUGUCACUUUGAGGUAUUUGGCAGACCUGGGACAUUCAAUGUUGAAUUUGUCACAGAGCAAUAUUACUCACGGAAGUGGUGCAAAUGCCGACGUUAGGUUUAUUAUCAAGUACGCGAAAUAUCUCGCUACUCGAGUCAAGCAAUUCGACGCUACUGGAAUUGACUAUGUAAGAGACGAGAGGACAAACAACAGUUCUUCCCAACAAGGCGGCAGGUUACGUUUUCUUAGCGUAGAAAAGGGUUUAUUGAGGGAAAGUGAGAGUGUACAAAAGCAGAUAGACUCUUUACUCAAGAAUAGUUUUGUGGAGAAUGAGAUCAAUAAUGAAAUUAUAUUAACAGCAUUUAGGUUGUUAGUCAAUGAUUUGUUAUCCCUAUUUCAGGAACUAAAUGAGGGUGUUAUCAAUAUUUUGGAGCAUUAUUUUGAAAUGUCCAAAUACGAUGCCGAAAGAUCCUUGAAAAUUUACAAAAAAUUCGUCGACCAAACUAAAUUCGUUAUUGAUUACUUGCGCGUAGCCAAGCAUUUAGAGUAUAUCACCAAAUUACAUGUCCCCACGAUAAAACAUGCCCCGACUGCGCUAACUAGCUCAUUGGAAGAAUAUUUAGAUGACCCGAAUUUCGAAAUGAAUAGAAGGCAGUAUUUGGAGGAAAAAAAUAAUAAAGGGAAUAGUGCUGAAACAAAACGACCACAACAAAAGAAUCAUGUUAAGGAGAUGUUUAAUGAUAGUAAAACAAGUGCUAGCAAAUCACCAUCAGAAACUGAUAAUAACAAAGGAGACAGACAUGCUUCCUUAAUAGUACAACAAACGUACAACCCGUGGAACAAUUUAUAUGUACCUAUUCAGAAUCAAAGUUAUAUACAGACAUCGGCUGAUCCAUUUCAGUUACAAGCUCAGCAACAAGCUCAGCAUCAGGUACAGCUUCAAGCUCAACAGGAAGCUCAACAACAGGCACAGCUUCAGGCACAACAACAGGCACAACAACAAGCACAGCUUCAGGCCCAACAACAGGCGCAGCUUCAGGCACAACAACAAGCUCAGCAGGAAGCUCAACAACAGGCGCAGCUUCAGGCACAACAACAAGCCCAGCAACUUCAAGCUCAGCAACAGGCGCAACUUCAAGCUCAGCAGCAAGCUCAAUUGAAACAAACUGGUCUGCAUUUGAGUGCUUUACCCUCAAUUAUCCAGGGUCAACAGUAUCAACCCUCUUCGUUUCAACCUUCAUACACAGGUUAUGGGUUUGGUGGUUAUAGUCCUCAGCCAUUGCAACCACAGAAUACAAAUCCGUUCAUGCAAAAUUCCACCCAGCAGUCAUUGCAACAAACCAUCCCAUUGCAGUAUACACAAUCACAAGUUAUGGAUUUAGCGAGAUCAAACACUAAUCCUUUCUCACCAUCCAAAACAGGGCCUCUGCAUUUGCAAACACUGCAGAGCCAGAGCCAGAGCCAGCAAAUUUUCCCUCAGCAACCAUUGCAGCCACAAUCCACAAACCCGUUUGUGAAAAUGGCAACGGGACUGCAAAGUGUGGGACUGCAAAGUGCAUAUUCGAUACAACAGACGCCCCAGCAACCAUUACAGUCUCAGUCGACCAACCCAUUCUCUGGUUAUUUUCUGGUUAAUAACCAAUUUACCUCUUUCAACCAGAAUAAUCAACAACCACAGAAAGUCUUUGACCCUAACACUGAUAGUUUAAUUUAG